GUCUACGGCUGCGGUCCAAGUGAACGCGACGCCUGGAACAUCUACACGGCACCGACGUUUAGUUUCCGACCAACUGUGGGAAAGUCCUUAUUCCAUCACUUCCGCUGGCCCCGCGGCUCAGUGAGGCCGCCCCCGGGUCGGAGGGGCGGAGGGGCGGUGGUCAGAGCCGCUGCCCCCCUCCUGUCGUCACAGCGGCGCUCUACACACGCAGUCUCUGCCCCGGACCAGCGACUGUCCCACGCUACACACACGACCCACACCCGCUUCAUCGACAACAUGGCGACGGAGAACUUCGAGAUGAACGGUGAUGCGGACCAUGGCGGAGAGGCGGGGGAACCGCUGCGAGGCCGAUUGAGGGGGCCACAGGGACCGCUAAACAUGAACCAUUAUGCCAAUAAGAAGAGCGCAGCAGAGAGCAUGCUGGACGUGGCCCUGCUCAUGGCAAAUGCUUCCCAACUGAAGGCUGUGCUGGAGCAAGGACCAGACUUCAGCUUCUAUGUUCCCCUCAUUACUCUCAUUAGCAUCUCUCUCACGCUACAAAUCCUGGUGGGUGUUCUGCUCAUCUUCAUAGUUAAGUGGAACCUGAACGACCAGAGCAUGCACUACAAGCUGAAUAUCAUGGAAAACGUGGCCACAGCCUUUGUCUUUGUCAUAGUCGUAGUCAACGUCUUCAUCACAGCCUUCGGUGUCCAGCGGCCCAACCCAAGCUCUUAAUCACAAUUCAGGUGACUUUCUGCGCCGGCAGAUCACCUCAGUAUAAAUGGACCUCAACGUUAUCUGUACAAAUGGACAGGAUAUUUUGUUUACCAAAUGUAACAGCAUGCAGGUGCAUCUGCUAUUCUGCAAUUCUAUCUCCCAGGCUUGAAGAGAUCAAAUGUACCCCAAGGAUCAAGUGACUUUGUUUGCAGUGUGUGUGCGUGCGUGUGUGCGUGUGUGCGUGCGUGCGUGCGUGUGUUAGGGGUUCCCUUAGCCUCUAACCAUAUGUAUGGACAAAUGUGUUUGUUUUUUUAAUUAAUUUCAUAAGGCGAUUCUCCCCUUUGUUACCUCAUAUCAUGCUCAGGUUACUGUUGCAUAUAACUGAUUGCCUUUACUUAUGGAAAAAACAUAUUAGGAGCAAUAUACUGUGUGUGAGUCACAACCACUGUGAAUGAUUGCUGAAUUUUUAUUUUUUUAUAUAGUGUCGUUUGGAAGUUUAAUUUUGUUAGUAUGUUAGUAUGAGCCUGAUCUAUACAUUUUGUUUAGAAGAGAAGAAAAAUUAAUCACCACAGCAUAAUCCAAAUAAAAUCCUUAACAGGGAGUGCGACAGGAGCCAUUUUGGCUCUACUACUGCUUGAGGCAUUACCUAAAAUCAUAAUCAUGGGUGCAAAUAUACUUAAACCUCAACCAACUGAUUAAAUGGACCUUACAUGCUUUUUAAAAGUUCUAUGCAAACCUGUUGUGUAAUGUUUAAAAUAAUUUACAUGCUAGUGUCUGUAUGUGGUUGUGGAUUUAUGUAUAUACAUGUAGUGUACUUUGUUACUUUUGAUCAAAUGUUUUUAAAGGACCAAAAUGUUCACUUAAUUUUUAUUAGAUUAUCUUGUUUUAUGCAAACCUGUUUAUGCAAACCUGUUGUGUAAUGUUCAAAAUAAUUUACAUGCUAGUGUCUGUAUGUGGUUGUGGAUUUAUGUAUAUACAUGUAGUGUACUUUGUUACUUUUGAUCAAAUGUUUUUAAAGGACCAAAAUGUUCACUUAGCUUUUAUUAGAUUAUCUUGUUUUACACACUGUGUACUAUUUCAAAUAAAAUGUAUGAAUAAAAUUACACAA